UAUAUAGAUUGGUUCUGCAAAUUCGUUUGAAUUAAACUUAGCAUUGUGAGGUAUUCCUACAAAUUUUAAAUGUGAAAAUAUGACAAGUAAUGCAAAAGUGCGUCAAAAGAAUGUGCAAAUCACUGAUUUGGAUCAAUCGGAUACACAACAACAAAAUAUUUUGGCAGAAAAAAAGGCCAUAGUAUAUCGGAAACAUCAAUCGAAGAGACCCUUGAUGACAAUGACUGGUAAUUUCAACCGUAGGUCGCGUAGUGUGGAAUGCACUGUCAGUCCACUGACAGCAACUGAUGCAGAUAGAAACAAAUUGAAAAACCACUUCAACGAAUUGCUUCUAGUGAAGGAUAAACAAAUGGAACAACUUUUAGAGCGCGUUUCCACCCUUCACAAUUAUAACGAGCAGUUCGCAAAUGACAACCAGAAAUUGCGUCAGGAGUUAUCUCAGACGGACAAACGAUUGCAGUCAUUACAGGACCAAGUCGAUAGUUGUGAAAAAUGUCGAAAAUUAUCACAAGAAUUAGUAAAGAGUGAAGCAGAAAAUAAAAGUUUUGAAACUGAUCUAUGUAUGAUGAAAACGCUUGUUUACCGUUUGAACAUGCAAAUUGAAAAAUAUCAAGAUGACAUGGAGCAACUAAAAUGCAAAGAUAAGACUAAUCCGUCUUUGUGCCAAAUAAAAACUUCAACAGAAGUUUUGCCACAACAACAACAGCAGGAACUGAAACAAGAGUCUUCCAACUCACAUAUAUCUCCUUGGCAGUCUGAAUCUGUUUGUACGCACACAUUAGCACCACUUCUUAAGUCCUAUGAUGAAAUGAUACAUGAUAAGGAUGAACUAAUACAACAAUAUCGUUACGAAUUUGAUCAAUUCGCUGGCGAACUAAAGCGAUCAUUGGAGCAGAAUAACCAGCUACUAGAGGAAAACGAUAAUUUGAAACGUGAUGUCCACACUUGGAGCGAGGAACGUCUUAGAUUGCAAACACAAGUUAAUGUGUGCCGUUCCAAAGCUGAAUUACAAACACGCAAAACAGAUCUUGCUAAAGAGAAGCUAAUGGAAGUUAUGGAAUGCUAUGAAAAAAAGGUACAAACGAUGGCUUUAGAUUUGGAACAUUUGCAUGCUGCUUAUGGUCGUUGUAAAUCCGAGCUCAUCACGCUGAAAAGUGCUAAUACUCGCCCACAAGAAGAUGCUAUUGCUACCUCACUACAAGAGUGUAAAGACCUUUUGGCUCAUCUUAAGGAUGAACAUGGCAAAGAAAAAGAAAGCUGGGAACGAAAUUUACGUGAACUUAAUGAGCGUAAUCUUGACAGUCAAACUAAAUUAACACAAUUACAACAAGAACACAAAAUUCAAACGAGUGAAAAAAUCAAACAAGACGUUGAAGUGGAAGAACUAAAGACCCGAAACUCCUCCUUGAAGCGCAGUAUUGAGCAAGUGAAUCGUUCUCGCGAUCGGCUAAAAGCACGUUUACGUAUUGCUUUGCAAUGGGCACAGAAACUAGAACAAGGGCAAGCGGAUGUGCAAAAUACAUGGGAAGCUGUUAAAAGACUAGAAACUAUAGUCAAACAUAAAGAAUCUCAAGUACGUGGGUUACAAUCCAGGCAUAUUGAAGAAAUCGACAAAUUAGAAAAGAAACUGACACAGAAGGAAGAAACUAUUCGCACGAUAUUAAAAGGUCGCAUAAUGCCCCAUUCAGCUCAAUAACGAAGGCUUACUUUUUCUACUUCAAGUACUAAGAUGUAUAUGCCGAUAUUUAUAUAUAUAUGUAAUUUAGUAAUCUCUUCGCAUAUUGGGUUAUUGUUGUUUUUGUAAA